UCUGUAAGAUCCAGGAAGGACAAGUCACCUACUUCCUACCUUUUGUAACUGAAAGGAGAAAAUACGUGCAUAUUUCUUGUUUUUCUUUCCCUCGUGGAAAAAAAAUCUACUCCACCCUGCAACUUCUCUUAUCUUAUAAGAACAUUCAGCACUUAUUGCAGUCAUUGGAUCGAGGAGCGCACACCGCACAUACUUCCAACCACGUUGCGCCACCUGGAACUGAAGCUAUGGGCAACUGCAUCCAUGCGAAUAAGAGCCAGGUCACAACGCUGGACUUUGAAGAAUUCGAAGACUUGUUGGCCAACUUUACCAGUAACUACACCUAUGAUGAGUAUCCAUCCUACAAUGGUAUCCUUCCUGAGCCGUGCCAGUUCACUUACUGCCUCAAUUUCCUCAGCAGCAUCUUAGCAUUGCUGGUGGUCAUCAGCCUUUUGGGCUUAGUCUCCAGCUUGGCCCUUGGCCUAUCCUUGGCCAAGAGUCCCAUCAUGUGGAAGGAGCGCCAUCCAAGAAAGUAUCAGCUCUUCUUAAUGUCGGCAGCCACCGGUCUCUUUGCCGCCACCUUGCCAUUCUUUGCCGUGGGGAUCAAGCAUGGGUGGGUCUUUGGUCCCCAUUUCUGCCAGGUGGCCCGUGCCUUGAAGUUUGGCUGCCUCUUUGCACAAGGGUUGAUGGUGGCCGGUAGUGCAUGUCACAUGCCUUCGGCCAUUCCUCACUCCAUCUUCCUCACCGUACUCUGGCUCCUGGGAUUCCUGUGUGCGACGCCCGCGAUUGUCAUUAGCAGCCCUGGCGAUGACUGCUUCUCAAGCUUGGAACCAGAUCUCCAGCCGUGGUCUCUGGCUCACAUCCUGGUCUCUCUGGCUACUUUUGUCAUCCUCCCACUGGCGAUGCUGGUGACCAAAGUGGCUCUGAAGUGGCAUGGAGAAAGCAAGUGUAUACAACUGGACCUGGGCUGGCUUUUUUACCUUUUCUGGUCACCCUAUGGAGUAGUCCUGCUCCUGGACAAAUUACUACAGGAUGGGUUGCUAACGUCUACUUGCCGUUUCCGAGAACAUCUUGACUACUUUCUGGGGUUAUCAGAAGGAUUUGGCAUCCUGCAUUGUUUCUUGUUGCCCCUGUUAAUUCUGGUUUCGGGCAUCUGUCGCCGACGAAUCAGCAAAGCAGGAGUACCCUAAAUCAGUGGUUCUCAACCUUCUGAAUGCCACAACAGCUUAAUACUAGGCUUGGGCGAUCCAGUUCGUUAAUUUCGUAAUUUGUUAUUAAUUCGUAUUUAAAUUAGCUUACGAUCCAAUAUCGAACCAUGCAGGAAUAGUGUGAGGAGUAAUUAAGAAUCGAAACAAUGUUUCCAAUUUUCGUAAUUAUUUCGUAAUUAUUUCGUAAUUAUUUCGUAAUUAUUUUCGUAUGUCUGGUGCAAGUUUUACAAUCUCGCAUUUACCCCACUUCCGGUCCCUUUGCUCUGCUGCUUCCCUCCUCUUUCCUCAUGCUUCUUCUUGCCU